CGUGAAGGUAGAGAAGAAAAAAAAAGCUAUUCCAACCAUAAAUAAUUAAAUAAAAUUUUAUUUGAGUAAAAACAUUUAAAAAAGAAAUGAUAAAUAAUUAUAAGAAUUUUUAAAAAUUCCAACUCCUACCCUUGUUCCACCAUCUUUCCUCAUUACAACAUUCUUUCUUCAGACACAGAUCUCUCUUCUUCUUCAAACUCACAUUACUUCUGGUUCCUUUCUUCUCCACCACGAUGAGGAAAGGAAGAGUCUCUUCCAUCGUUCCACCCGCCCUUCACGGAUCCGUGAAGGAGCCGAGGUAUAGAGGCGUUAGGAAGAGACCUUGGGGCCGUUUCGCCGCCGAGAUCCGUGACCCUUUAAAGAAGUCACGUGUCUGGCUCGGUACUUUCGACUCCGCCGUCGAAGCCGCACGUGCCUACGAUGCAGCCGCUCGUAACCUCCGUGGUCCCAAGGCCAAGACCAACUUCCCCAUCGACUCCUCCCCUUCCUCCCCUCUCCAACCACUCAACUACCAGAAUCAUCGGAAUCAGAACCAGAUGGAUCCGUUUAUGGACCACCGGUUAUACGGCGGAGGUAGCGGCUUCCCGGAGCAGCAGGUUAUCAGUCGUCCGGCGAGUAGCAGCAUGAGCAGCACCGUUAAAUCGUGUAGCGGGCCGAGACCGGUGGCGAAGGCGACGAAGAGGUAUCCUCGGACGCCGCCUGUGGCUCCGGAGGAUUGUCACAGCGACUGUGAUUCGUCGUCGUCGGUGAUUGACGACGGAGAUGAUAUUGCUUCGUCGAGGAAAACGCCGUUUCUGUUUGAUCUUAAUUUUCCGCCGUUGGAUGGUGUUGACUUAUUCGAUGAUCUCCACUGCACAGAUCUACGUCUUUGAUUUUGCAUUUUGGAAAGGGAAAAAAAAAGUGAGUGAAGAUGAUUUUUAUUUACCACAAUGCAAAGGAAGAUGUUGAUGAUGAUGAUGAAGAUAUAUAGAGAGGUUGUGUUGAGAUCUGUUACUGUAAGAACCAGAUCUGAGUUUCAUUUUGUCUGUUUCUUAUUUAAAAAUCAACCCUUUGUUACAUGUAACAUUUAUAUAGCUAAUGAUUCAAAUCCAAACUCUGUAGAUUUUGUUUUUAUAGAGUUUUCCUCAUGUGUGAGUAUGAAGCUGCAUUUUCACAAACACAUUGCUAUGUAACACAAUAUACAUAGACACUUGUUUGGUCUUUGAUUUUGAUCAAUCGAGGGUUUCUAUUGUACAAGUAAACCUUGUGAUAGGUGACAUAAGCAGAAGAUCUGAUUGGUUUCACUUGUGGGCUUGGAGAAAGAAUGAUGGUGAAACUCAUUUACUACCCUGGUUGGGUGAUUGGAAGAAAGAAGUUGGAAUACUAAAUUGGUAUUGCUAAGCAGCUGAAGUGUUUCAUUCAUCUUUUUAGGUGCAAGCAGUUAGAGGACAUGAAAGGCUUUCCCUUGCGUGUACAAGUCAAAUGUUUGGAGAUGGGUAAGGUCAAUGGUGAUUAGCUCAAUGGGCAAAGGCCAACUCAUUAGGUUGAAGUUUGGUGGCUGAGAUAAUGUUGAUCUGUAAAUGCUGUUGGGUGGUAGAAUUUCGUUGUAAUUUGUUUGACCAUUUGAUUAAAAUUUGCUGUCCUAGUUGUCUCAAAUUUGGUAUCUACUUUGCUUCUCUGCCACGGAUUCAGACAGUGAGUUUAAGAAAGAACGAGCUUUUUUUUUUUUUUUUAAACCGUUGUCGGGUAGGCUUUAUUGUGGAAAAUCUUGAAAGAUAUUGUGGAAUUUACGAAGUCUGGUUCUUUUUUAUUUA